AUGACGCUCUCACUCCCAAAGAUUGGGAUCCUUUCCGUCGGAGACAUGGGGAUGGGCAUCGCCAAACUGCUUGUCUCCAAAGGCUUCUCAGUCGCCACAAAUGGUCAAGGUAGGAGCCCGGCAACAAUCGCCAGAGCCCGCAGCGCCAACGUUGAGGUCCUAAGCUCCGACGUUCACCUUGUUGAGUCGCGACCGUUCAUCCUCUCCGUCGCACCACCGCGAGACGCGCUCAGCAUCGCUCGACGCAUCAUCGACGCGGCAGCAACAACAAAACUAGAAAAGCCGCUCUACUUCAUCGACCUCAAUGCCGUCUCGCCAGCCACCUGCAAGCAAAUGAGCCAGAUGUUCAAAGAAGCCAAGAGUCCCGUCCGUUUUGUCGAUGGCUGCAUCAUCGGCGGGCCGCCAAAUCUCAAGCUCAAUAGCGCAGCGGAGCAAUGGUACGUCCCAAGCAUGCCGGCAUCCGGACGGUAUCCCAUCAGCGAAGCAUGCGCAGAGCUCGCAGAGGCAUUGAACAUGCGCCACAUCUCAACCGAGGUCGGCGCAGCGAGCGGGUUGAAGAUGUGCUUCGCGACGACAACCAAGGGCUUCAUGGGUUUGGCGAUUCAGGCAUUCACCACAGCGUCCAAGCUCGGUGUCGUGGAUGAGCUGCGCAACGAGAUGAGUGAGGCGGCGCCGGGCUUGCUCGAUUUUGCUGAAAAGUCUGUCCCGCUUGUGCCGCCAAAGUCGUACCGGUGGGUGCGGGAGAUGGAGGAGAUCUCCAAUACCCAUCGCGCCGAGGGCGGCUUUGAGGCUGAGAAUGAUGUGUUCCGCGGCAUGGCGGAGUUGUAUCAGACCAUGGCGGAUGAUCCCGUCCUAGGUACCGAGAAGGUUGGGGAGAGGAAACGGGGGACGACGAUCGACGAUCUGGCUGCUGCGCUUGGGGACGGCUUGGCCACCAGAAAGCAAGAUAAGUCUGAUUGA